AUGGAUACUUCGGAGAAGAUUCAGACCGUAACUCCCUGGGAGGUAAAAGCCUCAGAGGAUGAAAGCGCAAUAAACUACAACAAAAUAAUAGAGCAGUUUGGAUGCCAGCCAUUCACUAAGGAGAUGUGCAGUAGGUACGAAUUAGACAGCAUACUGUUUUUUAGAAGAGGCCUUGUUUUUGCGCACAGAGACUUCACCAAGGCACUGGAAAUGGCCAAGAGUGGAAAGCCCAUCUAUCUUUACACAGGAAGAGGGCCAAGCAGCACAAGCAUGCAUCUAGGCCAUGCUGUGCCCUUUUUGCUCUGCAAAUACCUGCAAGACAGGUUCAACUGCAUGAUCGUUAUACAAAUAACAGAUGAUGAAAAAUACAUAUGGAAAGACAUAACCCUGGAAGAGUCUAUCAACUACGGAAGAGAAAACUCUAAAGACAUCGUUGCCUUUGGGUUUAACCCAGAUAAAACUUUUAUAUUUUCAAACACCAAAUACUCCCACAACUUCAUACAGAACACUCUGAAAAUAGAAAAAAGUCUUACGCUGAAAGAGUUUCAGAAAGUGUUUGGGUUCAAAGAAGAUGCAAAGAUAGGGCAGGUGUCAUUCCCGUCCAGACAGAUGGCCCCGUGCUAUCCAAGCUCAUUCCCUGGCAUACUGCCAAAAGAUGCAAUCUGUCUAAUUCCGUGCUCCAUAGAUCAGGACCCGUACUUUAGGCUUGCAAGGGAUAUAGCAAACAAAAUGCAGGCGAUUAAACCAGCAACGGUGUACACAUACUUCCUGCCUGCCCUCCAAGGCGCAGCAACAAAGAUGAGCGCCAGUUCGUUUGAGUCGUCAAUUUAUCUCAGUGACACACCGCAGGAGAUAAAAAAGAAAAUAAACAAGUAUGCCUUUUCGGGAGGAAAAGCAACAAUGGAGGAGCAUAGAGAGAAGGGAGGAGACACAGCAGUGGAUGUAGCAUAUCAGUAUCUCCUGUUCUUCCUGGAAGACGACAAAAAGCUGGAAGAGUACAAAGUGGGAUAUGAGCAGGGAAAGAUCCUCAGCGGAGAAAUGAAGAAGCUCUGCAUAGAAACCCUGCAGACGUUUGUAUCAGAGUUUCAAAAGAAAAGAAAAGAAGUAACUGAUGAGAUAUUAGACAAAUUCUACACUUACUAA